AGCAGCAGCGGCAGCAGCAGCGGCGGUGUCAUCAUGUCUGGUCGGGGCAAGGGCGGCAAGGGGCUCGGCAAGGGCGGCGCCAAGCGCCACCGCAAGGUGCUGCGCGACAACAUCCAGGGCAUCACCAAGCCGGCCAUCCGCCGCCUGGCUCGGCGCGGCGGCGUCAAGCGCAUCUCGGGGCUCAUCUACGAGGAGACGCGCGGGGUGCUCAAGGUGUUCCUGGAGAACGUGAUCCGCGACGCCGUCACCUACACGGAGCACGCCAAGAGGAAGACGGUCACGGCCAUGGACGUGGUCUACGCCCUCAAGCGCCAGGGUCGCACUCUGUACGGCUUCGGCGGCUAAAGCUUUGCGCUCCUACCAGACCAUCGCGACAGAGACCCAAAGGCUCUUUUAAGAGCCACCCACCUUUUCUUUCAAAAGAGCUGUUUUACAAUGUUGCGGCUUCGUGAAAAUAAUGGCGAUACUACUUCAAGAUUUUACUAAAGGUGUUAUGUAAUUCUACCAAGGCUUUUUGAGUGCUAUCUAAAUGUGUUGAUUUCUGUGUUAGUACGGAAUUCGUUUCUACAAUACGUUGUGGGGGUUUUUCUGUGUUCCAAAUUCCUUUAUAAAAAUGACUUCGAAACAUUUACUGAAAACGUGUUUUCGUGUGUUCGCCGAUUUAAAAAUCUAAAAUGUUAUUCUAUAUCAUUCCUAAUUUUGAUUUGUGACUACGUACGAAAAAAUUC